UAUUUAUACAUAAAUAUAUGAGGUACAUAUGUACAUACAUAUUGCUUUAGCACUUGCCGGAGGUCUUACCAACACGCUAUCGAUUACUUCAUAACUACCGCGUGUACAAACAAGUAUUGAGUAAUAUAGGGCAAUUGUUAGUGCGUGUGCGCAAAUCACUUAAGUACACAGCUGGUACUUUCACUAGCAAUGAUCGGCGUCUUAAUCGCACUUGCAGUACACUUAGAAGGGAGUUCUGCGCAGCUUCAUUCCAUCAGUGACCGUGGUUUACCGCGCAAUUCAUAUCGACCAAAUCGCUACGAAGGCAAAGCGUCUUACCACUGCAAUAUGUCGACCAUCUUCGUUACGUUACUGUGUGUAUUCUUUGCCAUCAUCCCAGCUCCAUUGUGGGCUGCGUCACGCCAUCCAUUGCAUUCUUUGCGUUCACUCCACUGGCGCCCAUCGAAGACGCCCUGCUCCGACUAUGAGAUGCUGAUUAUCAACACGCGUUACUGCGUUUCUCGCUGUCCGAUCCGCUGCUCAAAUGGUAGCUGUUUUGAGGAUGGCGUUUGCCCGUGCGCCGACAACUAUCAAACGUCGUUCGAAAAGGAGGAGCUUGUAUGCGCCACCGAAUGUCUGCCCGGUUGUCAUACUGCUGGAGGCUUCUGUGCAGCACCCGAUUUGUGUCUCUGUAGUCAAGAGGGGUAUUAUUUUGAUGCGGUGGCACGCCGUUGUCGAAAAUACCAUAGCUUGAGUGAUCGUUGUUUCGGGCGCUGCUUGUAUGGAAAGUGUAACGCCAAUGGAGAGUGUGUUUGCGCACAAGGAUAUAUCUCUCAAGAGAAUCUGUUCGGCCAAAUGUGUGCUCCCGUGUGCAAACAAAACUGUGGUAAAUAUGGCUUUUGCUUUUUACCGAAUAUGUGCGCUUGUCGAAAGAAAGACUAUCACUAUGAAUAUGAUGGCGAAUGUCAUGCGGACUACAUACAUCUGGAGCAAUAAUGCGAGCGUAGACACCAUUUACGCGGUUAUACCCGAGUUUCCUUUUUUUGCUAUUUGGCGCCGAUUCGAGAUACCACGUGCAGUUCGGUCCUUCUCCACCUGAUGUCUUCCUCUUCCUGUGCUUCCUCUGGCGAGUAUUUAAUCGAAAACCUUCUUAGCUGGAGUGUUUCCCUCCAUCCGGACAACAUAACGUAGCCAGCCCAGCCGCCGUCUUUUGAUUCGCUGAACUAUG